UGUAACAUUGAUGUCCGUCUAAACUGAUAACAUGCCAUCUUGCAUUCGUUCAUUUCUUUACACUUGUAUUGUGUUAUCAUUUUCGUGCUAAUGGAAACUGCAUGGAGAAAAACAAACAUAUUUUAUCGCUUUAUAUUGGCGAACUUUCACUUGUGGGUUCUCCAUUGACAGCCCGGGGCCAAUAGGAUCCCCCAGCGCCUCCUCUCUCGAACCAAACGGUCCUUGUAUGGGCAGUGACGUAGUGGCGCAUUCACUGCCCCACUGAUAAAUACAUACUACUGCUGCUCGUGCUGCUAGGAUCCGUCAUUCACUAAACAGCCUGAUGAUCUGGAGAGAGUAGAGUCGACUAUAGAGGUGGUAUCAACACACGCUCCAGAUUGUGUUAACUUCUCCGGACAGGUUAUCAGAUGUUUCAGUGUAGGAUAGAACUGUAAGGCCACACAUACUCAACCAGCCGGUUUAAAAUACCGUUUUAACCCUGGAAACAGCGAGAAGCCGUUAGUUAAAUGAUGACGGCUAAAACUUUAGAGAAAGUCCCGGUUUCUCUGGGUGGGUAUGUCCACCCUGUCUCUGAUUCCAUCUACUCUGUGGAUCAUGACAGUCUGCCGCCCGGGGUGGCUAUCUUUCCUAACGCUGAUUUAGGAGGCCACUACCACGACCAUCUUAGCGGAGCUCCAGAUGGCUUGAUGAGUGGCGAUAUGAGCUUAGAGAAACGCUCUCUCGACCUGUCUUACUCUAGCUUCUCCCAGCCCCCUAGCCAUCGGAACCAGACCUUCACCUACAUGGGAAAGUUCUCCAUCGACUCUCAGUAUCCCGGUAACUGGAACCCCGAGGGCGUCAUCAACAUUGUGAGUGCGGGGAUCCUGGGCAUGACCCAGCCAUCUUCCGCCUCCUCCUCCCCGGCGUCCUCCGGCUCUCCCGGCCAUUUCUCCUCCACGCUCAGCUGCACCAUGGCCCAGAACCAGGCCGACAUGGAGCACCACCUCUACUCUUCCCCGCCUCCCUACGGCUGUGGGGAGGUCUACCAGGACCCGUCGGCCUUCCUCUCCACCGGGCCCGGUAUCUCUUACCCGCCGCCGUCCUACUCCUCCCCUAAGCCCAACACAGACUCGGGUCUCUUCCCCAUCAUCCCAGACUAUGCUGGGUUCUUCCAGCCGACCUGUCAGAGGGACAUGCAGGCCAUGCCUGACCGCAAGCCCUUCCCCUGCCCACUGGACUCCUUUAGAGUACCCCCACCUCUGACUCCCCUGAACACUAUUAGGAACUUUACAUUAGGUGGGCCGGUCUCGGAUGGACCCAGACUCCCCACCGCGUACAGCCCCCAGAACCUCCCCCUGAGACCCAUCCUGCGGCCCAGAAAAUAUCCCAACAGGCCGAGCAAGACCCCGGUCCAUGAGCGGCCGUACCCCUGCCCAGCGGAAGGCUGCGACCGGCGGUUCUCUCGGUCUGACGAGCUGACCAGACACAUCCGGAUACACACGGGACACAAACCGUUCCAGUGCCGGAUCUGCAUGAGGAACUUUAGCCGCAGCGACCACCUCACCACGCACAUCCGCACGCACACCGGAGAGAAGCCCUUCGCCUGUGAUUUCUGUGGCCGUAAGUUCGCGAGGAGCGACGAGCGCAAAAGACACACCAAGAUUCAUCUCAGACAGAAAGAGAGAAAAUCAUCUACUGCGCCAUCAAACAACACGAACUCUGAUCGCUCCGGUACCGGUUCUAUAAGCACAUCUGGCGGAGUCUGCUCCUCCAGCACGGGACAGCUGGCGGGAUGCCCCUCGCGGGCGGUAUAGAACACACUAUAGCCAAUAGGUUUAUGGAAUAAAUAUUUAGAAACCUUGACGAACUAAAGACAAUAGAGAUUGAGGUUUAAUUUUUUGGAAGCUGCAAGUUAAAAACAUAAUAUGGAACGAACUUUACAUGCAACCGCAUAAUUCUCUUUCAUGCGUAAUUGCGCAUCAUUCCGGUGCGCGCCAAACGUUCCCACGAUGUAUCCUCUUAGUUUGGUGGCUGAGAGAAACGCACUUUGUUUGCAUAGCCUACUGAAGUCAGUCAAGUUAAUAGACAAUACUUUUAACACGUGGCUGCCUAUAUUCUCUUCAGGGAAGAAACACGUUGAGGAUUAAUAUCAAGCACAUUUACACUGACGCGCCAAUAGGCUACAAUUACACAACGCUGCAUGGAAAGAACGUUAUAUUUGCAAUCAUUUAGAAAGAAAGGUGUUUUAAAUUAUUUACUAGACAAAAUGUGUCCAUUUUAACAUGUUCAUUGAUUGUAUUUCCCCCUGUUGUGCCUCGUUUCACACGUUAUUUUUGUACAUUGUCAAUACAAGGACGAUUUAAUGAAUUGUACAUUUUGUCAUUUAAUAUCAAAGUUUGAUUAUAUGUAUAUUUUUGUACACAUUGUGCCGUGUAACUAUGGAAAGUGUUGUGGUUUAUGUCUAACAAUAAGGAAUGUAAAUAAUUGAACUCAACCCGACUUGACAUUUGUUUUUCGUGAAUGUUUCCGACUCAUAUUAAAUGUUAAUAUUGAUUUUAAAAAAUCUCAAUGGCCUCCAGAAAGGCCUGGUUAUUUCUUGUGAACUAAAAACAAAUAAAGUAAACUCUG